GAAGUGUAAAAUAGUACUGAGGAGGUCAAACAUAUAUUGUUUAAGAAACUGAUUGGCUGUGUUUACCUAUUAAUUUCAUAUCUGUUUAUAUACAUUAAGUGACAUUAAGAUUCAAUGAUUAGCUUCAGAUCUUUUUAACAGAAGAAAACUAAAGCAUCUUUAUUUUUUAAUUAAUCAAAUGUAUUUCUCUUCUUUGUAGGAUGGCCUUCAAUACAACUUCAUUAGAAAUGGUCAUCGACAUCAUCAUUGUUCUUUUAGGCACCACUGGGAACUCUGUGGUCAUCUGGGUGGCCGGCGUCCGUAUGAAACCCAAUGUCACCAAUGUAUGGCUGGUCAACCUCGCCGUGGCUGACCUGAUCUUCUGCGUGUCACGAGUGACCUCGCUCGUCAGUUUAUUUGUUCACCACUGGCCCUUUGGAGUCUUCAUCUGUAAGUUUAUGAACUUUUUCAAGUAUACCAACAUGUUCUGCUGUGUUUUUCUUCUGGCUGUCAUCAGUGUGGAUCGAGUGGUCUGCGUGUGGUGCCCAGUAUUUGCCAGGAUUAAACGGACGUUAUGUGUUGCUCGUGUGAUCAGUUUGGGGGUUUGGAUUGUGGCGAUCAUCUGCAGUUCACCAAACUUUGUGUACUGGGGGAUCAACAUUGAUAAGAGGAACUUGAGCCAUUGCUCACUGAAGAAAGGAGCAGAUGAAGGAAAUGUUUUCUACUACAUUCGCUUCUUUUGUGGAUUUUUGUUUCCUUUCCUGGUGAUCUUUAUCUGCUACACACUGGCUGCUAUCGGGAUUCGCAGAACGAGACUCUCCGGCAAAUCAAGGUCUCUCCGGAUUCUUGCUUCGUUGGUUUUGGCCUUUUUCUGUUGCUGGGCACCUUAUCACAUCCUAGGUCUUAUUAGGAUGAUAAAUAAAAAACACCCUGCUGUAAAGAUAGGCUGGCAUGUGGUUUCAGACUUAGCCUAUUUUAACAGCUGUGUGAACCCAAUUUUAUACUUCUUUAUGGGACUGAAUCUUAGACAACCCUGCAAUCAAAGCUUUUUAGGGAUUUUUCACAGAGCUCUUAAAGAAGAAGGCCAAGCUCCUGCACCGGGUGGCAAUAUUGAGGAACAUUCAAAGAGUGCAAAGGCUGUUGGUACAGAUCACCAAACACCUGAAUGACUGAAGAUUCAGUGCAUCACAUAUUUUCAUCAGCUAAAAUAUAUAUCAGGAUCAGCUGAUUGCAAAUUUAUUUAAAAAAAUUAAUACAAUUUUUAAUAGCUGCAGAGGGUUGCUAAGCUAAGCAUAAGUCAAAAGAUUAAUAUCUCAUGCCUUUACUUAAAUACUCAUAGACAUCAAGCUAUUAUUUUGUGUUUUUUUUUUCAAAAAUGUUUACUGUUUUUAGGGUACAUGCAUUAUAUUCACGUCCAAUGAGUUUAAUGCCAAAUAAAGUAUGAUGAAUUGCAGGAGACAUCUAUAAAAAUGUUGUCUUGAUAAUAAACAUUGACAAAUACAGAUCAUUUUUAUAAAAAAAGAAACUGCAAGAGCGGUAUUUUUAUUACGUGAAGUAAUAAAAAAUGUACAUUUCUUAGCAAGUUUAAUGAUAAUUAAUUAUAUACUUAAAACUUGGCUACACUCAGUGAUUUCACAUUGAUUCCAAUCUUUGACAUUACCUUACUCAGCCAAUAUUAAAGAUAUCAAGGUUAUAUUAUCACUGAAUGUUAUUUACAUUAUGUAAGAUGGUUUUACUCUAACAGUAAAUCACAAAAAGAAAAUGACAUUUGAUUCAUGUGUGCCUCUACACAAAAACAGAUAGUAGAGAUUAUCUGGAGAUUCGACAGUGGCGAAUCCUCAGUGAACUUUUUUUGGUUCAUUUUUAGUAUUUUAUAUAC